AUGUCUUUAAAUACAUGUAUUUUAAAAUCAGCUAUCGAAACAAAAAAAAAAAAAUCAAUGCCAAUGACAGACGCAAGUAAUCAACAAACCGAUUCACCAUCAUCAUCACCACAUGAUAGUAGUAGUGGUAAUAGUAUAGAUAUUCAAGCAAUAGCAGCCUCGAAUCGUCGAUCUCAACGACAACGAAAAAAUGUCCAACCAAAUAUGCGAAGUAGCUCAUUAACAACAACAAUUCUAAAUGAAAAUGGUCAUGCCAACGACUAUUUAUUAGAAACAACCAAAGAGAAUGAUAAUCAUCAGAAAGAAAAACGUUCUUUACCUGUUAUUAUAGAUAAACUUGUUUUUAAAACAUCAAAAUUAAAUCCAAAUUUACCUUAUUGGACAGUUACUGAUCGACAAAGUGAAUGGUAUAAACUUACGACACCCGUUAAUCAAUCAACAAGCAAUUGUAAUAAUAACAAUAAUACAUAUCAAUCAUCAUUAACAGCAUCUUAUCGAUUAUUACCAACUAUAUUCGAAAGAAAAAAAUCUAAUUCUAAUCUAAACGAUCAAACUGAUGAGCUAACUAAUACAACUCAAUUGAUAAUGAAAGUAGUCAUGCAUGAACUUGAUUAUGAUAUGGAUGAUAAUGAUCUUGAAUUUUUAAAUGAUCUAAAUCAAUAUAUGAAUAUUGAACAACGACGUCAAAUGACUGAAGAAGAAUUUGAAAAUGCAAUAAUUAUAUUAGAAUAUUAUACAGCUGAAAAAAUUCGUUUAUAUCUUAAACAACAAUUAUGUGAAGAUGAAGAUAUUGUAUGUGAUAUAUGUUUGUUACCAGAUGCUGAUGAUGAGAAUGAAAUGGUUUUUUGUGAACGAUGUAAUGCAUGUGUACAUCAAAAUUGUUAUGGAAUAUCAGUUAUACCUAAUGGAACAUGGCUUUGUAAAUCAUGUUCAAUUUUAAGACGACCUGCUUGUUUACUUUGUCCAAAAUUGGGUGGUCCAAUGAAAUGUACACCAAGCGGAACUAUUUGGUGUCAUUUAACAUGUGCUCUUUGGUUACCUGAAUUAAAAUUUGGUGAUUAUGUUAAAAUGGAACCAAUAUUAAAUUUAGAUAAAAUUCCACAUGCACGAUGGACACUUCGUUGUAUUGUUUGUUCAACAUCAGAAGGAGCUUGUGUACAAUGUGCACAUAAAAAUUGUCGUACACCAUUUCAUGUUACUUGUGGCCUUUCAGCUGGAUAUUUUCUUGAUGUUCAACAAAGUUCAUCAGAGGGAACAGCUGGUUUACGUUCACAAUUUAAUGCCUAUUGUCUUAAACAUUCCGAAGAAGCUCGACAACGUUCUGAACCAGAAUCAUCAUUAAAUUUAAAUACAGAUGAUGAUUCAUCAUGUUUACCUUCAAAUAUUCCUUUAACAGUUUAUCAUCGACAAAAACUUAAACUAGAUGAAUGGACACCAAAAUCUUAUGAAAAUUUUCAUACGUUUAUUCUCUCAUCACAUUUAAAUGAUGACUGUCCACAAGAUUAUGAUGAAUCUAUAUCAAAUAAAAUUUAUAAUUAUUGGAAAGAAAAACGAAUUAUAAAUAAAAAUUUUCCAUUAAUUAAACGUAUUGAUUUUGUUCUUGAUCAACGUGAAAAUGCUGAAUUACUUCUUGCACAAAUAAAUAAUUAUCUUAAAAUAAGAAAUAAAAUCCGACAGCUUCAAAAUUAUUGUAAAUCUACAUUAUAUACUCCAUCGUCUUCAUCUCUUCUUAAUCAACGUCUUGAAAAUUUAAAAUUAUCAUUUUCUAUUAAAACACAACGUCAUAAUAAAUCUUCUUAUUAUAAAUUAAUUGAAGAUUCCAAACGUUGUAUUGUUGCUUUAGAAACAACAUAUCGUGAUGCGCUGGAAUUAAAUACAACAUAUCUUGUAGGAAAAACAUUAGAAGGCGAAACAAUGUUAUUACCAAAACAACUUAUAGAACAAGCUAAUGUUAUUACAAUAAAUGAUGAUCAUAGUAUUAAAGAAGAAGCAGAAGAAGAAGAAGAAGAAGAGGGUGAUGAUGAAGACGACACUGAAGAACUAGAUAAGAUUCAUUUGGAUAUAGCCAAUGAAAAUAAACAUGAUGAGAAACAAACAUCAGUAAAAGAUAUUAUAAAAACACCUUAUAUAUCUCAAGGAAAUGUUGUUCGAUGUGUUACAGGAUCUUUCGAUUAA